CAUAGGUUCCAAAGGGAAACGAGCGCAGUGCAUUUGGAAUAAACAAUCAGACCAAUUAUAGUAGAGGAAUCGGACCUCAAUCAAGAAGAACUGUAAUAUCUUUGCAUGUGAGACAGUGAGAGGAGUGUGAAUGUGUGUGUGUGAGAGAGAGAUAGACAGAGAGAGAGAGAGAGAGAGUGGGGAGUCCAGCGCGCUCCGGGCAUUUGGUGAAGGAAGCACGGAACUCGGGAGCGCAUCAGCGGGAUUGAAGCAGCCGAUCUCGAGCGCAUCAUGAUGCGCAGACACUUGAAAUCCUCCCCAGGAUCAAAUGCUAGAUAAAAUGAUGCUUUGUAGACCAUCCGGACUAAAGGAUCGCCAAGCUGACUCUGUUGGGGGUCUGGAAUUAUAUUUUAGUUUAUCUGGGGGAUGUUUAUUCUGAAAACUCAUACCGGAGAAGAGACUAGAAGACUUUAAAAUGCUGCCUAGAUGGGUCGAAGCCUCUUCAGAAAAGGGAAGUGGUUCAAAAUGCUACUUGUGAGGAAGGUCGUGCCUUACGAGAAUCGUCCAGCUGCGACGAGAGAGGAGGUCGUCUUCGAUGAGUCCUCCAUACUUGCUGCUCCGGCCCUCACACUUUGAAAUCGUCCCUCCUUAAACUCAGAGUGACAAUGUGAUGAGCUCUGCUAUCAUUUCCAGCCCAAGCUUGGACGGAGGGAUGAGAGGGAGUCGCAUGAGUUAAUGAGACUAUUGCUCUUGUGUUGGGGAGCUUAGGACAGGCAAUUACAGGAGGAUUACCCAGCGUCUUUAACAUCGCCAACUCUCCACCGAGAAGAGCUUCGAGAUCCGUUAAGAACUCCAGUGUGGUGGAUUUUAUUUUAUUAUUUUUUUCACCCUUUUUAAUUACGUGCACUGUUGUUGCUGUCUGAAAGUUUGCAAAGUUUUACAAAAUGGAGGUACAGAUCCGAAUGUGGAAUAAAGACCUACCUACUCUGAUCAGCCCGUGGAUACCGAUACUUCUGGGCCUUCACAUGCAUUUCUCCUGGGCCACAACCUGUCCAGAGGAGUGCCGGUGUGACAGGACUUUUGUUUACUGCAAUGAGAGGAGUCUAACGUCAGUGCCUCUGGGGCUAGGAGAGGGUUAUAAGACCCUCUACCUCCACAACAAUCAAAUCAACAAUGCUGGAUUUCCUCUGGAAAUGCACAAUGUUGCCUCUGUGGAGACGGUGUAUCUCUAUGGCAACCAGCUUGAUGAAUUCCCUCUCAAUCUUCCCAAAAACGUGCGGGUGCUCCACCUGCAGGAGAAUAACAUUCAGACGGUGUCCCGGGCUGCCCUGGCACAGCUGCUACGCCUGGAGGAGCUCUAUAUGGAUGACAACUCCAUCUCCACCGUGGGUGUGGAGGAGGGGGCCUUCAGGGAGGCCAUCAGUCUCAAGACCCUAUUCCUUACCAAGAACCACCUGAGCAGCGUUCCCAUCGGGCUGCCCGAGGAACUGAGAGAGCUGCGGCUCGAUGAGAACCGCAUUGCAUUUAUAGCCGAGAAUGCGUUUGAGAAUGUGACGGGCCUUGAGCUCCUCCUCCUGGAUGGGAACUUGCUCACAGACGAGGGCAUCGCCCCCGGGGCUCUCCAGACCCUCGUUAAUCUCAAAACCUUGUCGUUGGCGCGUAACUCCCUCACGGUUCCUCCUCCUAAUCUGCCAGCCGAGUUUCUAGUCAAGCUCAACUUGCAGGAUAAUCAGAUGAAUGAGAUUCCUUUGACGGCCUUUCGUGGCCUCCAUCACUUGGAGAGACUGGAUAUUUCAAACAACCAGCUGCAGUCUCUCACACAGGGGGUCUUUGACGGCCUCCACAGUCUGAGACAGCUCACUGUUCGAAACAACCUUUGGCUCUGUGACUGCAACAUUAAAUGGGUCAUACUGUGGUUAAAGUCCCUGCCAGCUACCCUCAAUGUCCGUGGCUUCAUGUGCCAGAAACCAGAGAGGGUACGUGGCAUGGUAAUCAGAGAGCUAACCCUGGAGCUCAUCCAGUGUCCUAACAGCACCGCCACAGUCCCACAGCCCACACUUCUCUCUUCCUCUACCGCUGAGUCAGCCACUCAAAUGGCUUUUACACCCGCACGCUCCCGGCCUACACCCAACCCUCCACGUCUGACGCUUCCACCACCAACUGCAGGCAAAGAUGGAGAGCAGAGAACGAAUGACCCGGUCGGCUCAAUGCAGGAAUCGCUUAGAGUUUCCUUUGCAGUGCUAAACAGUUCGUGCAUUCAGGUAAGCUGGGUGUCGACAUUCACCGUCACGGCCUAUAAGGUGACCUGGGUCAAGCUGGGUUACAGUUUGAUAACCAGCCCCAUGCAGGAGUCGCUCGUGCAGGGCGAACGUGAGGGAAUCACACUGACAACCCUGGAGCCCAAGUCAACCUAUCGUAUUUGCGUGGAUCCGCUGGACGCGUUCAAUAAUUACCACCCCGGAGACGAUACACUUUGCUCAGAGGUGACGACAAAGUCUGCUACAUUUCACUCUGGUGAUAACGCCACUGGGCCGGAGCAGGCCACCCAGCAGGACCCCAGCUCGCCUUUCCUGCUGGCUGGCCUGAUUGGCGGGGCGGUGCUUGUGGUCCUGGUGGUUCUGUUGAGCGUAUUCUGCUGGCACAUGCACAAGAAGGGAAGGUCAGAGUCGUCAAAAUGGAAAUACAGUCGGGGCAGAAGAAAAGAUGACUACGGCGAAGCAGGGACCAAAAAGGAUAACUCUAUUCUAGAAAUGACUGAAACUAGCUUUCAGAUAGUUUCUUUGAAUAACGAACAGCUGCUCAAGGGGGACUUUCGCAUUCAGCCGAUUUACACCCCUAAUGGGGGUGUUGGCUUCAGAGACUCUCAAAGGAGAAACAAUAGCACAGAGUACUGCAAAAACAGUGUUCCAGAGUCUGAUACAUGCCAUAAAUUAUGAUUUUAAACAGAUAACGUCCUUUGUAUUUAGAUCUGACUCUUAAACGCACUGUAUUUGAAAAGACAGACUGUAUAAUAUGUAAUUUAUAUUCUGAACAAUAUCGCCUUCCUUUUUUAUUGCUUAGUAAAACUAAAAUGAUUUAUGAA